AUGGUCGAUCGGACACAUGCUGAACGUUUACGUGUCAAAUUAGGGUUUGAUGGUCUUUUCUGUGUGGAUAGUGAUGGUGUGAAGGGUGGUAUAGCUUUGUUGUGGCGGAGAAAUAAUACAGCUAGUCUACUCAGCUAUUCGGAUAAUCAUGUGGAUAUUGAGGUCAGUAUGCAUGGAUUCCCUAAAUGGCGAAUGACUGGUUUUUAUGGGUUGGAACAGCGGCCCAGACGUGAGGAAUCAUGGGGAAUGUUACGGUCUUUGGCUACCAAGUCUAACCUGCCUUGGGUGGUAGUUGGGGAUUUUAAUGAUCUUCUUUUUCAGCACGAGAAACGAGGAGGAAAUCCACACCCUGAUAGUCUCCUACGCGGUUUUGGGGAAACUAUUGAGGAGUGUGGCCUAUCCCAGAUGGCUAUGCAGGGGUAUCCGUUUACAUGGGAAAGGGGAAAAGGAACGACUAACUGGAUAGAGGAACGAUUGGAUAAAGUUUUGGUCUCGGAUGAGUGGCGCGAGAUUGUUGCAGGAGCGAGAGUAUCUAAUCUAUUAACUCACAAGUCUGAUCAUUCGGCUCUCUUUCUAAGCAUCCAUGACUCCGUAGGGAGGGGUGGGGCUAGUAAGAGGGGCUUCCGUUUUGAGAAUGCAUGGUUGUAUGAUGAGGGAUGCCGGAGUGUUGUGGAAAAAGCAUGGGAAGAAGGAAAGGACCGUGGGCUGCAGAAUUGCAUAGAGUUCUGUGAGCCCAUGAGGGGGAUUAUUUUGCAGUACUUCCAACAUAUUUUUGCCUCAGGAAACCCGGAGAAUGGGGAAAAUUUCUUUAACAGCAUUACACCGCGUGUCACUCCAGCACAGAAUGAGUCCUUAAUUCGGCCUUUCACUAUGGAUGAGGUGAAAGCUGCUCUUUUUUCUAUGUAUCCUGAUAAGGCACCAGGCCCGGAUGGAAUGAAUCCAGGUUUCUAUCAACAUUUUUGGGAUGAGGUAGGAGGGGAUGUUUCAUCUUUUAUUGUCAAUUGUUUGGAUAAUUGCAGCUUCCCAGCUACUCUAAAUGAAACAGAUGUGGUAUUGAUCCCGAAGAAACAAACCUCGGAAAGAGUAUCUGAUCUCAGGCCAAUUGCGUUAAGCAAUGUGAUAUAUAGGGUAAUGGCAAAGGUUACGACUAAUAGAAUGAAACCCUUGAUGGAUGAGAUUAUAUCGGAGUCCCAGAGUGCGUUUAUACCCGAUAGGCUUAUAACUGAUAAUAUAUUGAUAGCAUCGGAGGUUGGCCAUUAUUUGCACAGGAAAUAG